AUGGCUGAACACAAAGCAACAAGGAAGCGAUACGCCGUUGUCGGUACAGGUGGUCGAUCAAGCUUCUUCUACUCAGCUAUCGCCACUGACUACAGCACGACAUCAUGCAUCGUAGCCUUCUGCGACACCAACCAAACACGUAUGACUUAUGCCAACUCAAAGCUCAAGUCUCUAGGCCACGAUGAGGUACCAACGUUUCUUGCCAGCAACUUUGACCAGAUGAUCAAGGAGACUCGACCGGAUGAAGUCAUCGUCACAACCAUGGACAGAACACACAACAUAUACAUCGUCCGGGCUCUGGAAUUGGGAUGCAAUGUCAUCACAGAGAAGCCCAUGACUAUUGAUGCCCCGAGAUGCAAGGAAAUCUUUUCUGCUGUUGAGAGAACUGGCAAACAAGUUCGCGUUACGUUCAACUAUCGAUAUGCGCCUCAUAACACGAAAGUGUUUGAACUGAUCAAGUCGGGUGCCAUUGGCAAAGUCACGAGUGUUCACUUUGAAUGGAUGCUCAACACAAGCCACGGAGCAGACUACUUCCGCCGCUGGCACAGAGACAAGCGCAACAGCGGCGGUCUCUUGGUUCACAAGUCAACUCAUCACUUCGACCUCGUCAAUUUCUGGCUUCAAACACGGCCCCAAACAGUCUUUGCGACAGGCGACCUUGCCUUCUACGGCAGAGAAAACGCCGAGCAACGCGGCAAGACCGAGUUUUAUAGUCGCGCACACGGUAGCGAAGUCGCCAAGUCGGACCCAUUCGCCCUGCAUCUUGACCAGAAUCCUCAAUUAAAGGCCAUGUAUCUUGAUGCCGAGCAUGAGGACAGCUACUACCGCGAUCAGAGUGUUUUUGGCGACGGCAUAAGCAUCGAGGAUACGAUGAACGUGCUUGUCAAGUACCGCAACGGGGCCAGUCUCUCAUACUCUCUCACAGCUUACGCGCCAUGGGAGGGUUUCCGAGUCAGUUUCAACGGAACUGGUGGACGACUUGAAGUUGAGAUCGUUGAGAACAGCUACGUUAACUCUGGAGGAGACCAAGCUGCUGAAGGUUCUAUCGAGAGUCGAAAGAUCCUAUUGAGACCUUUGUUUGAGAAGCCAAGAGAGAUCCAAGUCGAAGAAGGUGUGGGUGCGCAUGGGGGUGGAGAUACUGUGUUGCUCAAUGACUUGUUUGGAACACCAGUGUCUGAUGAGUAUAUGAGAGCAGCGAGUCACAUUGAUGGGGCGGCGUCUAUACUCACUGGCAUUGCGGCUAACAGGUCUAUCGUUACUGGGCAGGCCAUUAAUGUGGAUGAUAUCUUGAUGGUACCUGACUCUUAA